AUGCUCGCACCUCUGUUCUUCCAGAUUCGAGUGAUCAAGGCGUUCCAGUCCGUUAAUGACAGCUCUCAUCCGAAUUCGUUGACCACAUCGACUGCCGAUCGACUCCGGGCUAGCUAUCGUCGGCUGAAGAUUGCUAGAGAGCUCGAGCAACAAAAGAGUUCGUGGUUGUCUGCACUUUCUAUAGAGAACUAA